ACGACCGCGCGCCGGCUGGUGUGGGGCGCGUUCCUGCACGCCGGGCAGUGCCUCUCUCGACCCGACUACAUCCUCGUUGACGCUUCGAUUGGCCCCGUGUUUGUGGCGGCCCUCCGCGACGCCAUCGUCGCUGCCUUUGGCGCGGUGCCCGAAGCCUCGGGCUUUUUUGGCCGCCUGGUCAACGACGCGCAGUUCGACCGGCUCGACCGGCUCUUCGAAGCCGACCGGCCGUUCCUCGUGCACGGCGGCGCUUGCGACCGCGCCGAGCGCUUCUACGCGCCGUCGGUCUUUGACUUUAUGGACGACACGCGGGCGUUUGAGACGAGUGCGUGCAUGCAAGCGGUCGGGCCGACUGCCGGGCCGCUGUUGCUUGUGGCGUACUACAACGACCUCGACCAGGUGCUCGCACGUCUCCGAGCCUACCCGACGCCGCGCGCCCUCUACCUGUUUACGCAGAGCCGCCACGUCAAGCAGCUCGUGGUGGCGAACGCGAUCGCCGGUGCCAUGUGCGUCAACGACACGGUCGUGCAGGAGACGAGUCGCCACCUCCACCGCUUUGCAGCCCUCUUUUCGCAGCCCAAGUGCGUGCUGUACAAGUCGAGCUACUUUGACGUGGUGCAGCGCUACCCACCGUACACGCCGACGCGCCAGCGACUGCUGCACGCCGCCCUGCGCCCCGUCGCGCGCACGACGUGGAUCGUGCUGGGGAUCAGCGCCGCGCUUCUCGUGCUGGUUGUCGCUCUCGUGCUCGGCCUGGUGCUCUAA